AUGCAGCAAUAAUUAGAGGAAAUCGAUAACUCAGUUUUACAAAUUUGUUCUACAAUUUUAACAAUAAGCAAAUCUGAUGAUGACGAUGAUAAAAUAGAAAAUUAUCCCAGCGUUUCCUCAACUACCAGCCCGACUGAAAAAUAUGUAACAUUCAAUCAACUACAAAGUUUAAUGCAAAUGUAUGAAACAACCUGCACAAAAACUGAUUCCCUUGAAGAGAAGUACAUACAGUUGGAGGAGAAUUUCAAAAUGUUGAAUGAAGAACAAAAAAGUUUACAGAUACAACAAAAGUCUCAAACGAAGAAAUCAAAUUCUCACGAAAGACGGAUCGGUGAAGUGGAGGAAAAUGUAAAAACUUUAACUGAUAGAAUGAAAGAGCAUACUUGGUCGACGACUACACCAUUUGACGAAACAACCCAAAGCACGGCAUCAGUUAAAGAAAUCAAUGUAUUAGUCAAUAUGAACAACAAGAAAAUCCAAGAAAUAGAAAAAAAUAUUAAAACACUUUUAAAAAAAGUUUACAACAGUGAAGCAUCAAUCAAUGAAAUGUCAGAAAAACACUUAAAACUUAUUUCAAAUUUGGAAACAUUUGAUCAGAAAACCACGAAGUUGGACUGGAAGCUCGGGGCCAUGCGUCAAAUGCUAGCAAAAAGAUAUCAUAUGUUGGAUUCUGUAAAAGAAGUUUUGAGCAAAAUCUCGCUAUCCAGAGAUGAAGCCUAUUUCCAGUUAUUUAGUAAAAUGGCUGCAUUAGAAGAAAAAUAUCAUUCAUGUUCUGAAGGGUUUUCCGCAUAUGAAUAUUUUUUCAAAAUUCGCGAUUCCGGGAUUGUAUUAUCUAAGUUUUCUGUUGUAUACUUCAACAUUGGCGACCACUUCAACCCAAACUCUGGAGAGUUUACAGUACCAACAAGUGGAAUUUAUUGCAUCAGUCUGGCAUUGAAUAGUGACUAUGAUACUAGUGCUGAAAUUGAAAUAGUAGUACGUGUCUCUCCAGAAAAGUUGGAUGACGACGAAGACGACACAGACACUGUGAUACGAGGGGUACAAAUUGUAAAGGGUAGAAAUAGUUUUGUUACAAACGAGUAUAUAGAACGUGGCUGUAAACUGUUUGUAAAAUAUAUUGCACACAAUAAGCUUUUUUAUUUAGUUCCAUUUCAUGCAACAUUUACUUGCUAUAAAAUUCAUGAUUGCAUUUAAUAGUAUUGGAAGAACUAGCAAAUGAAAAACACUCAAAACAGAGUGCUUUAUCGCAUAGUAAUGUCUUAAUUGUAAUUUUAUACUUACUCUUAUAUACAUUUUGCAGAAGAUAAUAUUUUUGCUUACAAUUGAUGCAUUUUAAAAUUAAAUGAUUAAAUAUUGCAUAUUAAUCAAACCACAUAUUUUAAGCGAAAAAUAACGCAAUGUUUGCUAUUAUCCUUUAAACUUAAAUUUAAAAUUGAUAAAAAUAUUGAUCAAAGAAUUUAGUAUGUCCUGGUUACUUUGUACAUUUUAAGUCAAAAUAAAGGCAUUAGAGCAUGCUCAUUCAGGAAUAUGCUGCUGUAAAACCU